AAUUUACGUACAUAAUAAUGUAAAACGUUGUGAUGUGAACGUAGUCUCUCAAUGAAUUUUCUUCUUUUAUUCAUUAUUUAUUGAUGAAAGAGCAAUGCUUUCGUUUUAAGUAUUAUUUAACAACUACGUAUAAAGUAAAUAUAUUAAAAAAUGGCUAGUUUAUCAAGUAAUCAAAGCAAUACCCUUGCACAAAACCAGCUAAUACAAUGGAUAAACGAUGCUGGAAUGGCGGAAGGGGGCAGGAGAUCGGAUUUACUGAGGAAAAUAGUGGAACUGAUGCUGCAUCAGUGUUCUUCGGCGAUUCCUUUGUAUAUAGACAACAUCCUGAGCUAUGUGAACGACAAAUCAACGGACGUGAAGAAGCAGGUCAUCUCAUUUAUUGAGGAGCUGAGUAAACUCCAUCCGCAAUACAUACCGAAGAUCAUCGCAGAACUGCGUUUACUAGUCAGUGACUUGGUGAUCGCUGUGCAGAAGCGAGCAAUCCAGGCGUCUAGUAUUGUGUACCGUAAUACUCUCAUGUGGAUCUGUCAGGGCAGAGCGGAAAUGUCUGAGAUGCAGUUUGUAUGGGAAAACAUCACACAACUGAAGUUGCUAGUCCUGAACAUGAUAGACAGUGACAACGAAGGUAUACGGACCCACUCCAUAAAGUUCCUGGAAGAAGUGGUCCUCCUGCAGACUCCUAGUGAUGGAGCUGGAGACGAGUUCAGCCUGGACACUCUGCCUGCUAAUAUGACCUUUAUCAAUCGACGGUCUUUGGAAGAAGAAUCUGAGCACAUAUUCAAACUACUGGUAAAAUUCCACAACUCGCAGCACAUAUCUAGUGUGAACUUGAUGGCUUGUAUGACCACACUCUGCCUGCUCGCUAAGUUCAGACCAAAGUUCAUGCCGCGAGUCAUACAAGCGCUGGGUGACCUCCACACGACGCUGCCACCGACGCUAUCACAGUCACAAGUGAACUCAGUGAGGAAACACCUCAAAAUGCUCCUCAUCAACCUCAUAAAACAUCCAUCGUCCAACGAUAUGAUGCCGCAACUGACACAACUGUUGUUGGACAUCGGAAUGACGACACAGGAGAUAAACAAGGUGCUACCGAAAGAGAAAAGGAAUAAGCGCGUCGGAGAAUUGAAGAAUGGCGAUGCUCCGGCUAAGAGGAUGAGGAUAGACUCCCCUCAGAGCAACAGCCAGGGCAGUGACAGCAACAGCAGGAGCGACUUCAACAUGUUCGACGAUGAUACUCCUCCCGCUCCUAAACCUCCAGUGGUUCCUACCGAGGACUCCUUGUACGAAGGUAUAAACAACGUGGACAAUGUAGUCAACCUCGUGACGCACACUCUAGUGAACCACCUUCCUAGCGAGAUGCCCAGCAACUUCGUGAAUGUCUACAAAGCUAUCCCCAACUCUGGCACUAGAGCACAGAAGAAGAAUCUCGCGAAGAUGUUGCUCGCGCUGAUCAAUAACAAAGAGGAACCUGAACCUAUCGCACCUCCUUCAACCUCAUCCCUCUCAGAUCUCACAUCAAAAAUACCGCUGCUUAGAGACGAUGAAGAGAAGGUCACGCUCAAAAAUGCUGUGGCAAAGUUACAGGAGUCGACAAAGGACAGGCAAAUAGAGAGUGCGGUGUCUAAGCUUAUGGAGGAAACGAGACAGGAACAGCUGAAGGAGGAGGAGAGAAAACAGAAGGAGAAAGAGAAACCAGUAGCCCCGCCUACGCCGACAGUUCCUAAGCUAAAACAGAAAGUGAAGUUGUUGAAACUGCAGGAGAUCACGAGGCCUAUACCGAAGGAGAUCAAAGAGAGGCUGAUUACUCAGGCUGUGAGCAGGAUAUUGAACGCGGAGACGGAGAGCGCCAUCGGUGGAGUGGCACACAUGCGGGCGAAGUUCAUCACAAUAUUUGCAUCAAGUUACACACCAGAGUUGCGGGAUUUAGUGUUGAAUCACAUUCUGGAGGACCCGGCGAACAGGAUCGAUUUGGCUCUGUCAUGGUUAUAUGAAGAGUAUGCGUUUAUGCAGGGUUUCAAUCGUCACCCGGUGACUUUGCAGCCCAAAGUGCACGAGAAACACGAUCAGAACUACAAUCAGUUGCUUUGUGCGUUGAUUACUCAGAUCUCGGAGCGUGGAGACCCUGUCAUGGAAGGUUCCAAGGACAUGUUGCUGAGGAAGAUAUACUCUGAGUGUCCGGUGGUGACUGAUGAGGCGGUGGACUAUUUGAAGCACCUGGUUACUGAAGAAAAGGUCGCGUUGUUAGCUCUGGAGUUAUUGGAGGAACUUUGUUUAAUGCGACCUCCGAGGGCCCACAAGUAUAUCACUUCGUUGGUGUGUCAUGUUUUAAAUGAAAACGAGGAAAUAAGAGACGUGGCCCUAAAGGCGGUGCUGAAGAUAUACAAACGUACAUCGGACGCGGUCCGCAAGGUGAUCGAAAAGCACAGCCUGCUGUACCUGGGCUUCAUCUCCAUGCCACACCCACCUCACGAGCUGUGCGACUCUCGCACUGGCCGGGCCAUGUGGACCGACGAACUGUACCAUAUGUGUCUCAAUCUUAUUAUGGCGUUGCUGCCAACUAAUGAAGAACUAAUAAUAGAAGUGGCGCGAGUGUACGGCACGGCGGGGGCGGAGGCGAAGCGCUGCGUGCUGCGCGCGGUGGAGGGCCCGGUCCGCGCCGCCGCGCCCCGCCAGGCCACGCAGCUCAGCCCCGCCUACGUCGCCUUACUCGACGAGUGUCCGCGGGGAGCCGAGACCUUACUUACUAGACUAGUUCAUAUAUUCACUGAGAAAGCGCCCCCGUCCCAGGAGCUGGUAUCCAAAGUGCGGGAACUGUAUGCGACGCGGGUGUCAGACGUCCGCUUCCUUAUACCUGUACUCACUGGACUGUCUAAAAAGGAGAUCCUGGCAGCUCUACCGAAGCUUAUAAAAUUAAACCCUAUGGUUGUGAAAGAAGUUUUCAACAAAUUACUUGGGCUGCAGAAUCCUCACGAUGAGAAUUCACCGGUUACUCCAGCGGAGCUGUUGGUGACGCUGCACCUGAUAGACCCGAGCAAGGCGGACCUCAAGUACAUCAUCAAGGCCACCGCGCUGUGCUUCGCUGAGAAACAGACUUACACGCAGGACGUGUUAUCAGCAGUGCUACAAAGGUUGUCGGAAGAGCCUGAGAUCCCCGUGCUGAUGAUGAGGACAGUGCUGCAAGCUCUCACGCUGUACCCAGCACUUGGGCCGCUUGUACUUAAUAUACUGCAGCUGCUUAUUGAGAAGGAGGUGUGGCUGAACAAGGUGGCGUGGGAGGGGUGGGUGAAGUGCUGCGAGCGACUGGUCCCGGCGUGCGGCGCGCUGCUGGCGGGGCUGGGCCCGCGCCCGCUGGCGCAGGCCGCCGCGGCGCCGCGCCUGCUGGCCGCGCUCAGGGACCAUCUGCACCAAAUGCCGCCGCACCACAGGAACGCGCUGCCGCAUCACGUGCUCGCGCUCGCACAGCAAGAGCCAGCGCCGGCAUACCCAGCGCCGCCCACCCCGGGUCCGGGCAUGGCCCCAAUGUCAGUUCCACCACCGUCCAUGACCCCAGUCCCAUCAUCCACCCCCAUCCCCACCCUCACUCCAGUCCCCCCACCCAACCCCGUGGAACCACUACCCCCAGGAAUGGAAUGACGAACGUGCUACUCUUCUUUGGACGAAGAAGCAAACUAUUAUUAGUUAAAACCUCUGUGUUGACUGUACCAUACAAAUAAUAUUAAAUAUUAAAUAAUGUUGAAAUAAUUGAAA